AUGAUUCCAAUGAUCCCCUUCUCCCCCCACCUGUUGUGUCUCUUCCUGCUUGUAUCGUCCGUUGCUGCUUCCAACAGCGUCACCGCCACCCCGACCAACGACACCAAUGCCCUCACCCAACAAUUCGGCUCGCUGCGAUUUCUCCUGAAUGCCGCGACCGAUUCUUCUGUCGACGUAGUCAAUCUCGCUCCGUUAACUUCUACUCUAGCCACGCUAGACUAUUCCUCUUUUCAGCGCUUCUCCAUCCAGGGCACCCUCUACCAAACCACCGCAUCCAACACUGCCUCCAUCACCACCCAGAACAUCGCAUUGAUAAGUUGCGACCCGUCCGCCUACACGGGCUACCUCCAUGUCGCAGAGACCGUUUCAGCCGUAGUUUCAUUGUCCAGCGGGGGUCCUGCCGCCGUGAUCCUGUACACUCUACAGUCUGACCAUUGCAACUACACUGUCAACGAUCCGACCGCCUCUUAUAGCAACGUCUUUACCGUCGUCAACUCCACUUCAUCAUUGCUGUUUUUGAGUCAAUUGUCGAGUAUCAACACCACCGCGACCGCGGGUAUCACCGCCGAUAUGUCUACCAGCAGUAGCGCCUCAACGUUUGGGAAUACGACUACUACGGGCACGGGCACUACAGUCUCGGGGUCGACCACCGCCGUCGCGAUGAUUAUUUUGUAUACCAUCACAGGUAUUAUCACGGCGCUGUUUCUGGGUAUUAUUAUCACGGGCGCCGUCCGCGCUCAUCGACAUCCAGAGCGGUACGGACCGAGAAAUGUGACGGGACGACCACGACAGAGUCGAGCGAGGGGGAUUGCGAGAGCGAUGCUGGAGACGAUUCCCAUUGUCAAGUUUGGCGAUGAUAAGGAGGACGGUGUACAUGCGGCAAAGAGGGAUUUGGAGAUGGCCUCGUCGACGCAUACGGCUGAGAGUCACGACACUACGCCUGAGCCUUCGCCAAUGAACGAGGCGGAUGCUCAGCCGGAAGUAGAUCAUGACCAUGUCACUGAUGCUGCUGCUGCUGCUGCUGCCGCCACCACUACCGCUACUACUGCCGCUGCUGCUGCAAAUCGCGACAUGGAAGCAGGAAACAACAACUGCCCCAUCUGCACAGACGACUUUGUCAAAGGCCAAGACGUGCGACUCUUACCGUGUGGUCAUCAAUUCCAUCCUGACUGUAUUGACCCGUGGUUGAUCAACGUAUCGGGAACCUGUCCCCUCUGUCGUAUCGACCUUAACCCAGCCUCGGCUGAGACAGCUGAAGACGGCGAAACAGCCCACGAAGAAGGCGAAGCCGCACCACAGACUGUAGAAGCCGCCGAUUCUUCCCACCAAACGAACAAUAGCAACAGACACUCCCGCGGCCUGACGGGGUAUCUAUCUGAUAUCCGUCGCGCUCGCAACGCGCCUGUCGAAGAGCGAAUUGAGGCUCUGCGACGGUUGCGCGAGUCACAACGACACCAAGAUGGAGACGAGUCGGCGACUGCGGAAGAGAGUCAAGGUCGCCGACGACAUUUGGCGAUGCGGCUACGCGAUCGAUUCAGAAUCCGCACGAGACAGCAUGGAUCUGAGCCGACUCCCUAG